UAGCAGCAUGUGGAAGGCGGCUCUUGUUUUGUACCAGCUCUUUGCUCUGGGUCAGCCGCUCUGGGCUCAGGAUGACAUCACCGCCGCCGCUGCCAUCACUCCCCAGGACUGCGGCCUGGACUGUGUGCGACAGGGAGGACCUGGGUGUGAAUACUGCAGAAUAACACGAGCUGACAUCAAGAGCGCUCUGGGUUUCAACUCCAUGGAAAGGUUUGGAAGUUGCAUUCCCUGGCCAUGUUUUGAGUUGCUAGGAAAAGAAGACCGUAAACUCUGUCAGCACUACGUCCAAGCACCGAAUGAUGUGAAGGUGGAGUUAGUAAAUGAGCGAGACCCCAAAUCGGACACCAUUGUUAUCUCCUGGAAGCCCAGCUACUAUGGGAUCGCCUUCCUGCGAGGCUUUCAGGUGUCCAUCCAGGCUCUGGGAAGGACCAGUGUGGCCUGCCAGCUCUUUCUCUUCCACAGGAACCUCUCCCUCCCAGCUUCACAUGCUCAAAGGGUGUACAAGUCGGACCCUUUCCCCGGCCUCUCCCUUGGUGCCCAGUAUGCUGUUACCGUCAUGGCUCUGCCAGUGCCUGAGGAGUGGGAGAGGUUCUACCACAGCAAGAUCUACUCCACCCGCUCAUGUGCAGAGAAGAAUGGUUUAGAGCAGUGCAAAAAAGACUGGUACCCCAAACAUAUCGAGGUCCAGCAGGAAGGGACUGCCAUCACUGUGACCUUUAACCUGGCUCCCCCAAACCUGGGCAUCAGAGACUACUUCUCACUGUGUUACGCGAACGGCAUGAAGAAAUACACAGACAUCACACCCAAUUCCAGCAAAAACAAAACUCAUCACAGCUAUCAGCUGAAUGACCUCGAAGAAGGAACCAAUUACACCUGCGAGAUUGCAGCUAACGAAGUGGAUGCGGUGAGGAAAACGUUCAAUGUUCGGGUCUUGCGCAUUCAAACAGGUUCCUCACUACUUCCUAUCACUCCGUCUUUGGCUCUGAUUCUUCCACUAUGCCUGGCUGGGGUAGCUGUGUUUGUCGUCUUAUUGGCUGCCCUAACCAGGAGGAGGGCCAAGCUCUGGAUCAAGAAACUUAACAUCAAACCAGGUCAUCACCGAGCAACCAGAUUUCUGUCUGUCAUCCAUUCAGAUGUUAUCAAGCAGCAUCAGGAGAGUGGGACUCAGGAGGAAGUGAUGUCAUUGCCCAGAAAGAGGCUUACCCCUCCUCGUCUUCUGAUUUGCUACAGCAGCUAUGAUGGUCCGGCACACGUCAAAGCCGUCAUGCAGUUGGGAGCCUUCAUCCAACAGCACAUGGCAACUCAGGUGUGCCUGGACCUUUGGGACUCUCUGAGCGUGGCCGAGGAGGGCAGCAUGUCCUGGCACUGCCGGCAGAUCCGGGAGAGCGACUUCAUCUUGGUGAUCUGCUCUCGGGCCCUCAACCACAGACCGAAGCCUCCAUAUAGUGACGACGGCGGCGGCGGCGGAGCCAUGGAGGCAGACGGAGGGCUCUGCUCCAGGUCCAACGCCUUCAGCUCCGACACAGCCAUCCAGCUUAUUGGAGAGGAGGUGGGCCGAGCCAAAUCCCGGGGUCAGGACCUGUCCAAGUACAUGGCGGCCAUUUUUGAUUACUCCGAGGAGGCUGAGAUCCCCUCUGAGCUGAGGCUGGUGUCUCACUACACGCUGACAAGGGACUUGCAGCUGCUCUUCUCACACCUCCAUUCGGUGGCUCUGCAUGGGCCGGGCCAUUACCUGAAGAUCAACCAUAUCUCAGAGGAAGGGUUUACUGAGUUACCAGCCGGAGCAGCUCUGCAGUGGGCUAUCUGUGAGGCUCGGAUUGCAAUGACUUCAAAGAGGCAUCACUCUGUGGUAGGGCUGGAUGUCGUUUAG